AUGCGAGUGAAUGGUGUUUACUUGGAUGAGUAUUUGAACUUCAAUUCAUUAUAUGCUAAUAACCCUCUAGGUGUUUGUGACCUCCUAGAAGCAUUUCCCAUUUGUUUGAAUUCUAUGGUGCCUAGUCGGUUAACUUGGAAAAGCAAUUUAGAUGGUAUCUAUACUGCUCGGGAUGGUUACUAUUGGCUCAAAAGACUUGAAGUUGUUAUGAAUACAACAAAUAAUAACCCUUGGAAGUGGGUGUGUCAUAUUCCUACUCUUGAGAAGGUGAAAUUCUUCCUUUGGACAACUUUAUAUAAGUCUAUUCCUAAGAGAUCGAUUUUGUGUCAUCGUGGUAUGCUCCAAACGGAUCUAUGUCCUAAAUGCAAUCAAGAAGCUGAGACAACUCUACACUCUUUGAGAGACUGUGAAUUUGCUACUCGCUUUUGGAAAUCUAUUAGCUUUUUGGGCCCAAUAUUUUCCCAAGGGGAUAUUUUAUAUGAUUGGCAUAAUCUGUCUCAUCCAAUGAGAACACUCACGUGGAAUGCACAUAAAGAUAGUAAUGUGAUUUUGAAUGUUGAUGGUAGUAGCCUCGGUAAACUCGGAGUCUCAAAUUUUGGUGGAUUGAUUCAAAAUGUUGAUUGUGCUUGUGUUCACAGUUUUGUGAGUAAUAUUGGUUAUUCCAACAUUCUUCACGUUGAGGUGGUGACGCUAUAUUAUGGUUCGUGUAUGGCCUUGGAACAUGGUAUCAAGGACUUGAUGCGUUAUUCUGACUCUGACACUGCUAUCAAGCUUAUUUGA